ACAAAGAUGUCAACCUCGACAGCGAUCGGUGAAUCAGACUCUAAGGCACCGCUUAUAUCUCCGGCCUCCGCCCAUAAAUCUGAUAUCGAAAAACUAUCUAUGGACGAUAUGCUACGUAAGUACUGCGGCGAGUUCGGUCGAUGGCAAUUCCGUCACUUCGUAUUGACAAGUCUUGCUUGGGCUUUAGAAGCUUUUCAUACUAUGGUCAUGAUUUUCGCCGAUCGCGAGCCCGAGUGGCGGUGUGUUGGAGGCGGUUGUGGCGACGUGUGUGGGGUGGAAGUCGGGAAUUGGGAGUGGAUAGGAGGAAUUGGAAGAUCGACGGUGGCGGAGUGGGGAUUGAUUUGCGGUGAAAAGUAUAAAGUUGGGGUGGUGCAAUCUUUGUUCUUCGCCGGAUGUAUGAUUGGUGCCGGAACAUUCGGUCACUUAUCAGAUUCCAUCUUAGGAAGAAAAGGCGCACUUACAAUAGUCACAAUUCUUAACGCCCUGUUUGGUUGUCUCACCGCCAUCACUCCAAACCUCUGGACUUACGCUUUCCUCCGGUUCCUCACCGGAAUCAGCACCGGCGGUGUCGGCCUAUGUGCAUUCGUCCUCGCCACCGAACCCGUAGGACUAUCCAAACGAGGCCUAGUCGGAAUGUCAACUUUCUACUUCUUCUCCACCGGAAUCGCCAUUCUUUCCGGCAUAGCUUAUUCAUUCCCAUCUUGGAGAAUUCUCUACAUCGCCACUUCCCUCCCUUCUCUGUUCUAUCUAUUAUUUGUUCUUCCUUUUGUAUCUGAAUCUCCCCGUUGGUAUUUAAUCAGAGGAAAGCUAGAUCUGGCAAUGAAUGUCAUGAAAGAUAUCGCGAAAUCAAACGAAAAACACCUCCCGGAUGACGUUGUUUUAACUGUUGAUGUUGAAGAUGUAUCGAACAAUAACGUUGUCACGACAGGAUCUCUAAUGGAUGUUAUACGUACGCCAAUGACACGGGUCAGGUUACUUCUCUCAAUCACGAUUAAUUUCCUGUGUUCCAUUGUCUACUACGGCCUGAGUUUAAACGUAGUAAAUCUCGGUACAAAUCUAUACUUAAACGUAUUCCUAAACGCAAUCGCGGAAAUGCCAGCGUUUCUAAUAACCGCGUUAUUAUUAGACAAAUAUGGACGGAAACCGUUAGCGAUUGGGACAUUAUGGUUUAGCGGUUUGUUUUGUUUGUUGGGGAGCUUGAUCGGAGUUGGGCACGGCGGUGGAUUGAAAACGCUGAGAAUGGUUUGUGGGAUAUUGGGUAUUUUUGGGAUGGCGGGAACUUAUAAUUUGCUUUUUAUAUAUACGGUGGAGUUAUUUCCGACGGUGGUUAGAAACGCAGCGUUGGGAUGUGCUUCUCAGGCGACUCAGAUGGGAGCGAUUUUAACGCCGUUUGUGGUGGUGAUGGGUGGGUGGAUUCCGUUUGCGUUGUUUGGCGUUUGUGGCGUUUUGGGUGGAUUUCUUGCGUUUUGUUUGCCGGAGACUUUGAACCGGCCGUUGUAUGAUACUAUGGCCGGAAUGAAACAAGGGGAAGAAGAUGUCGAGAAGAUAGUUGUUGUAUAAUAAUAAUUGUUUUAUUUACUUUUCUUAAAUUUUAGUAAUCAGAUUUUAUUGUCAUAAUACUGUAUUUUUGUUUGUUUCAAUAUGAGUAAAGGUAU